CUGCAGGAGUCUGGACAUGUGACCAUCCACACAGGAAGAAGAUUCAAGACGUGAGUCAGACAUUCCUCCUGCACUGAACCAAAAUCGGACAAAAAGAUCCUGAACUCCAACAAACAGCUGGACCAUGCCGUGCUCCGGUCUUCUCGGUUUUUGUCAGUAUGAAACCAACAAGCUGGUCCGGAUCCAGAGCCUCCGACUCGGCUCUAUGAAGUGGAGUCUGAACGGAUUCAUUCUGCUGUUUAUCUGCAUCAUGAUGCUGUGGAACAGGAAGUACCAGGAGUUUGACCUGGUUGUGAGCUCUGUCACCACCAAGGUGAAAGGUGUGGCUCAGACUAACCUGCCCGGGAUUGGGAAUGUGGUCUGGGAUGUAGUGGACUACAGCGGGCAUUCACUGGACAAAAACUCCUUCUUUGUGAUCACCAACGUCAUUGUGACCAAGAAUCAGAAGCAGGGAAAAUGCCCAGAGGUUCCCCGUAAUGGCAGAUUGUGUCGUACUGAUAAGGACUGUGAGAAAGGAGCCUGGGAUCAGCAGAGCCAUGGGAUUCAGACGGGAUCGUGUGUGAAGUUUGACGUGUUGAGAAAAACCUGUGAGAUUUCUGCGUGGUGUCCAGUUGAAACCAAGACAAACCCUCAGAGGCCUGCUCUGCUGGCAGCAGCCGAGAACUUCACAGUCCUCAUCAAAAACAACAUCAGAUUCCCUGCGUUCAACUUCAUCCGAAGGAACAUCCUCCCAAACAUGAACGAUGCCUACCUGAGGAGCUGUCAUAGAGGAAACGACUCGCUGUGUCCCAUCUUCAGACUGGGAGACAUCGUUCAAGAGGCUGGAGAAAAGUUCUCUGAAAUGGCAGUAGAGGGUGGUGUCAUCGGCAUCCAAAUCAAAUGGGACUGCAACCUGGACCGGCUCAUGCAGCGCUGCCUUCCCAAAUAUUCCUUCAGACGGCUGGAUGAAAAAGAGAGCAACAAGACGCUCUAUCCCGGCCUCAACUUCAGGUAUGCAAAGUAUAACACAGUGAACGGAGUGGAGGAGCGAACCCUGUACAAAGCAUUUGGGAUCAGGUUUGAUGUCAUGGUGUUUGGACAGGCGGGAAAGUUCAGCUUCAUCCAGCUCAUCAUCUACAUCGGAUCAACGCUGUCAUACUACGCUCUGACGACAAUAUUGAUCGACAUGCUGAUCGGAACCAGCUGUUACUCUGCAGAGGUCGGACAAAACUUCUCAGAGAAGAAAGUGGAGUCAGUCCAAGACAAACAGAAGUGCAUCCUCUCUGUGUCCUACGUGGAUGAGAACAACAUUCGACUGGUGAAGAGAUCACAGAAGAAAAGUUUACAAGAUAUCAAGCCAGUGUCUGUUCAGCCACGCAAGGAGGACAUCGGACACCUGAGAGCAGUUCUUUCUCUGGUGCAGCCGGGUCAUGAUGCUCAGCCCCCUCUUGACCAUAAACCCGACCCAAACUCCAAAUCCCGUCAUCCAGUCUGGUGUAAAUGCAAUUGCUGCACUCCCUCCUCUGUCCCUCAGGAAGAGCUGUGCUGCCGGCAGAGCGACGGCACUUGCAUCACCUUGUCUCCUCUGUUUGACCAGCUUGUGUUGCGACGCUCUCUCUUGGAGGCCGUCCUUCUGUACCUGGACCCUCUGUCUUUACCUGCUGAUCGUGGCCAGAAUGCCGCCCUGCGUCACUGUGCCUACAGACAGUACAUCACCUGGAGGUUUGGGGUUCCACCUAAUGACACCCACCCUGCUAUUCCCAGCUGCUGUGUGUGGAGGAUCAGGGAGGAGUACCCGAGCCCAGAUGGACAGUACAGCGGCUUCAGACCUGUCAGGGUGGCGUCCAUGAAAGCUUGUGCGAAUGGAGAGCUGUGAGAGGAGUAUUUCCACAUUAUAGAGCAGGGACUUCCCCAGCUGACUGACCUACUAACAGUGUUCUUAUGUUACAAAGCAAAAAAAAAUGCAAUAACUUCACAAAACUUGGCGGAAAAUGGAAAUUAGUCAAUUUCUGUCGGCUUGCUAUCGGUCAGAAGGGGAAAAAACUCAAAAGUCAAUAAAUCACUGCAUUUUCUAAAAUCAUCUGUCAAGUACCGUCUGUCAUCUGGCUACUCAGUAAAAAUUUCUAUGAAGCCAUUUUUUUCAGCUUCACUCCCUUUUAGCAGCUUUUUGCCUUUAUAGGGCAGAAAUAGCAUUUUUAACAUCACUAACAUGAUGAGACAAAGGUUUUCACCUGCCGGGAAUGUGUUCACAUCUGUCAUCUCAUAGAAAGGCAAGACUCAAAGCAAAAACAAAACUCAAAGAAAACUUUUGAACCCCAAACAGGUUAAAGAAAAAAUAGUUAAUUCACUGUUAAAGAUCCAAUUGCAGUAAUGUGCUGUACCUUAUUUGUUUAACCAGCACACAGACAGUAAAGGUAAAGCUUAUUCACUUUCUUGCUGAGCUUUAGAUGAAAAUAUCACUUUUUAAUUUAAUUGAUUACUUAUUUCAUUGUUUAAUCUGUGUAAAGACUUAAAUGUUUCACAGGGAGGUUAUCGGGAUCAGAAUGUCUUGGGACCAAUAAGAAAUUUUAUACAGAUUAAACAAACAAGCGAGAUCGUGUUCAACAGUGAGCUUUACAGGUGUAUUUUGUUACCUACACACAGAGCCAAGCUACCUGUUUCCCUUUGUUUCCUAUUGUUAUGCUAAGUUAACUGGCUGAUGGCUAUAGCUUUAUAUUUACUGUAUAGACAUGAGUACAAUAUAGAUCUCCUGAUUUCACUCUUGGCAAGAAAAGAGUAUUAACCUAUGUUGAAAUAUUCAUUUUCUCAUUGGUUUGGUGGUCUGCUUUGUGUUGCCACUAUGUCGUGUCCACACUGUUGGUUUCUCACAGGUUCGUAAAAGGGGUGAACCCCACUAAAAGGUGAAAGUGUUUUUGGAGCUUUAGUUUCAGGGAUUAUAAAGCAGGACUCCUAGUCAUUGAUCGAGCAGCUGCUCUGGCUGAGAAAAGAGAAAACAGCACUAAUGGUCCAAAAUAAGUAGAUAUGUCUCUAGAAAAAGAUAAGAAGCUUCAUUUAUCAUAACAGGACAUGUUUUUGGUAUGAUAACGGAGUCAUACAUGAACCAUAAUCUCUGCUGUAUAUUAAACAGCUCACCCUUGUGUUACAGUUACUGACAAAAUUAUCUAAAUGUGUUGAAGGGAGGAAUUUAUUCAUUUAUUUUCUAAUAAAAUAUACUUUUAACAAAAUUAACAAAAGUAACAAAAAUGACCAAAUCUUCUCACUACCUUUCAGUCUCUGUUGCAAACUACAGCACUAAUAUUCCUUAUUUGAAUGGCGUCCCACAAGGAUCAGGUCCGUUUCUGUUUUUCAUUUAUAUCCUUCAAAAAGACCAUAUCACUUCAAAAUCUCAAAAAAUGUUUGCCAAGGAUGUAAAUGACAACUUAGGUCCACUGUUUUAUGUCAAUGCUGUUGCCAUUGUUGUGGAUGUUGCUAGUUUUGAGUGAAAUAUCAAUAAGAAGUUUUGGAUGGAUUGCAAUGGUUUAGACUUUAAUUUUCCCCAUAGGAUGAAUUUCAAUAACUGGUUACACUUUUUCAUCUAGAGUUGUCAUCAUCAGGUGAAGAUUUUAAUAUGUCCGCUACUUUGGUUUAUGAGAAAUCUUUCCUUCUUGUAGUGGAGUAAAAAAAAAAAAAAAACCUUUUAAGACAAACUGCAUGUCCCUUGCUGCAGCUCAAGUUUUGAUUUAUACCAA